AUGCAACUAUUUCUCACCAACAAGCAAGUCUAUCUGGAAGCUGCCAAUGUGUUCUACACCCACAGUAUAUUUCACGCCUCCAUUGAGCUCGGGGAGAAAGACUGGCAGACGAUAUACAAGUGGCUUAUGAUGAUCGGUCCGCACAAUCGCAAAAAUCUCGGGAGGAUCGAAAUACGCUAUUGCUGUCUGGAGUGGGCUCCGAUACUAGAAGAUGGGCGGCCAGGUGAAAGGUGGGUCACCGACCUACGUGAUCUUGAUCUAUACCAGCCUCUGGACUGGGAAGAUCUCUCGCCAACGGGUGGAUGGGUGGAGUACAUCAGUCCAACGAUUGAGAAGAUAUUCAAGCUCCUUGGAGACUGUCGCAAUGUCGUAGUCACAAUCAACUGCUGCGCAAAUGAGCUUGGUGACCGACUGCUGUGCCCCGAACUAUACGUGGCGGAGCAAGGGACCGGGUACCCAAAUUCUAGGUGGUUUGAUAUGUCGCCCCGGACUUGGUUUAAGCUCUAUAUUUCUGGUAACGACCAGCCGGAUAUCGACUUUGAUGGUGACCUCUACGGCGAAUACGACUUCUUUGGACCACCCGAUACGUCGGUGAUACCAGAUCUGGUGGAGUUGUAUCGGACUCGAUACGGCCGGGAUUCCAUCAGCGUGUUGUGGAAGGGUGAAAUAAUGAUUUGGGCAAAAGCGGAGAGGAGCUGGAGAAUCAACAUAGUUGAGCGUUCUGGAUGGGACAUACUCCAGUCGGAAUGUCGUCCUUUAAGAUCUUGUCCUUCAACUGUGACGGCGGAAUUGGUAACUAUGCAGUUGAAAAGAAGGUCGAAGAAUCUGCAGGAAUUGGCUGCACAAUCGACUGGAGACCUUGAAGCUGAUAUCGAUUUGUGCAUGCGGUGCUCUGGUGAUGCAGACUAG